CGGUGGCUGUCGUGGACCCGUUCUGUGGACUCCACGGCCGGAACCUGAGACCCGCUCCUCGUGGGACCAAUGCGGACCUGUCCUGACCGGCCCGGUGCGGCGUGUCAGGGCUCCGGGCGGCGCGAUCUCCUCUCACCCAGUUCCCGGGCAGCCCGGGCUGGGGACAAGCGGGGCCGCGGUCUGCAACCCGUGCAACCUCGCAGUCACCGCCUGCCCGCCAGGUCCCAGACAGCUUCGUGUUGGGGAUUGUCAUUCAAAGAUGUAUAUGUGGAGUUGUCCUGGGAAGAAUGGCAGCUGAUGGACUCUGCACAAAGGCACCUGUACAGGGAGGUGACUCUGGAAAACUACAGCAACCUGUUAUCUGUGGGUUAUCAUGGUACCAAACCUGACUUAAUCUUCAAGUUGGAGCAAGAAGAAGAACCAUGGAUAGUAAAUGCCAAAAUGUCCACCCAGACAAAAUGUCCAGAAGUCUGGAAAAAGUGGUGCCAGAAAAAUCAAGAUGAGCUUGAAAGUGUUCAGAGAAAAUAUGCUUGUAAAAUGUUUGGAAAUCACCUGAGCAGAACCCAUACUUCUUCAAGACAGAAACUCUAUAAGAGUACCACUAAUGGGAAAAGUUUGACACAAAACUCAAGUUCAAGCAGAACUUAUAUAGGAAAGAAUCUUGAUGAAUUUCAUAGUUACAAGGAAUCAUAUUUUCUGAAUCAUCAAAGAAGUCAUGGCAUAGAGAAAAACUGUGUGUGUAAUGAAUGUGGGAAAGCUUUUCGGUGUAAAUCACAGCUUGUUGUGCAUCUCAGAAUUCAUACAGGAGAGAGACCAUAUGAAUGCACUAAAUGUGAAAGAGCCUUCAGUGCCAAGUCAAAUCUUAAUGCACAUCAGAGAGUUCACACAGGAGAAAAGCCCUAUUCCUGUAGUGAAUGUGGGAAAGUCUUCUCUUUUAGAUCACAACUCAUUGUCCACCAGGAAAUUCACAUAGGAGGGAAGCCCUAUUGUUGCAGUGAAUGUGGGAAAGCCUAUAGUUGGAAAUCUCAGCUUAUUUUACACCAGAGAAGUCACACAGGAGUGAAACCAUAUGAAUGCAGUGAAUGUGGGAAAGCAUUUAGUUUGAAAUCCCCAUUUGUUGUACAUCAGAGAACUCACACAGGAGUCAAACCUCAUAAGUGCAAAGAAUGUGGGAAGGCCUUCAAGAGUAAGUCUUACCUUCUUGUUCACAUAAGAAUGCAUACCGGGGAGAAACCUUUUCAAUGUAGUGACUGUGGAAAAGCCUUUAACAUGAAGACACAACUUAUUGUUCACCAAGGAGUUCAUACUGGAAACAACCCUUACCAGUGCACUGAGUGUGGCAAAGCCUUUGGCCGGAAGGAGCAGCUCACUGCUCACCUGAGAGCCCAUGCAGGAGAGAAGCCCUAUGUUUGCAGUGAGUGUGGAAAGGCUUUUAGCAGCAAGUCGUACCUCGUCAUACACAGAAGGAUACACACAGGAGAGAGACCCUACGAAUGUAGCUUGUGUGAGAGAGCUUUCUGUGGAAAAUCACAGUUAAUUAUACACCAGAGAACUCACUCAGCAGCAAAGCCGUAUGAAUGCAAUGAGUGUGAAAAAGCCUAUCCCAGGAAGGCAUCUCUUCAGAUACACCAGAAAAGUCAUUCUGGGGAGAAACCAUUUAAGUGUGAUGAAUGUGGAAAAGCCUUUACUCAGAAGUCUUCCCUUAGUGAACAUCAGAGAGUUCAUACGGGAGAGAAACCCUGGAAAUGCUCUGAAUGUGGAAAAUCCUUCUGUUGGAACUCAGGGCUUCGUAUACAUCGGAAAACACACAAGGCAGACAUGCAAGUGAUGAAGUGACUAUUACGCUCUCAUGGAAGGUUGUGAGAGGAUAAGCCAGACAGAAUUAGAAGCAGGAAAUACAAAAAUGCCCCCACAUCAAGUGUGUUGUAUGGGAGACAUGGAAUAUUUGUGACAAGUCUGCAAAAUCUUUCAGAAGUUCUUCACACAAUUCUUUGCAGAGAACAUAUUAGUUGAAGGAGUGAGGAGCAAUAGACA